CAUCCAUCUAAAUAUACUAUUCAUAUCAGUAAUAGUCAAAACAUGGCGUUCUACAAGCUCAAUGGCCAGAUGCAAGCCAAGGCAUGGACAACUUUGUUCCUUGUGCUCUUCGGGUGCCUCACGCUCACCUUGAUCUCCUCACACGGUGGAGAUCAGAUCGGAAGGGCCGGUGCUCGUCAUCUCCUGGAGGACAAGCAGGAGCGUGUAGGCAGCGACAAAAUCUAUAUACCAAAGUUGUGCAUCGCGAGAACUUGUGGCAGUAAUAUCACAGAUACCUGCACCAAGUUCUGCUGCGCAACGAUGAAGGAUCAGCCUUGCUGGCCCAAGCAGGCCGAUUGCAUUCAGUACUGUGGCAACGACUAAACUUCGCAACUAGGUUUUACAUAUUUCAGCACCUAUAAAUCUAUUCAUCUAUGUAAGA